GGUGAUUUUUGCUCCCUGCUCAAUUUAUUCCACUCCCGUUCUCUUCUUCUACUUACUUUGAAGUACCUGUCUCUCUGUCUGUCUACUAUCUAGCUAUCUAUCUCUAUUUCUCUGACUCUCUCUGACUCUCUCUGUCUCUCUCUGUCUCUCUCUCUCUCUCUCUCUCUCUCUCUCUCUCUCUCUCUCUCUCUCUCUCUCUCUCUCUCUCUCCCUCUGUCUCUCUCUCUCUCUCUCUCUCUCUCUCUCUCUCUCUCUCUCUCUCUCUCUCUCUCUCUCUCUCUCUCUCUCUCUCUCUCCGUUGGGUUUGACCUCAAGCCAGCGGAAGCACUCCAGUACACGGCAUGACACAGGUGAACAUCAUACAUGUCCGAAAUGUCACACCACCAUCAAACAAGAACAUAACCUUGCACGACAUAUGCGGACUAACAAAUGCAAAACAUUGGCUGCAUCGCAGGCUGGAGCUGUGUCAGCAGUCUCUGCAUCACCACCACAUGAGACUCCAAUGACUUUAGAGGCAAGUAUACCAACCAUUACACCAUCAGACCGGGAAACAAAAUGUCCACACUGUUUGAGAAAACUCAAAUGGAAACAAAACUUGCCACGACAUCUACAGACCUGCCCGGUCUACAAAUCACUUUCAACCACCUCAGCCAAAGCAGACGGCAGUAGCGGGGAUGGUCGGACGACUUCCAUGAUUGAUUCAAUGCACUUCAGCCCAUCUGUAGGUCAGACAAUGACUCCUGGAGAUGAAUUGCGAACAAUCCCGCACGAAUCCACUCCCUGUCAUAAUGAGUCUUUACUUCAUGUCCUGAAUCAACGGGACAUGGACAAGGUAGAAGUCCGGCAGUCCCUACUGCUACCGUCAGCCAAAAACACCAAGGCAUGGCACACAAUAAACGCUCAGUUGAAGAUCCAUCUCACUCAACAUUUCCCAACCUCAUACCUCAAAAACACUAACAUCGAAGAGACUCUGGACAAACUAGAGAACUUCAUUCACUGGUUUUUCGACCAGAAACCACCACCACCUCCACCAAAACACAAGAAUGCAAAUAAAAACCGUGCAGUGGAAAAACUCCCGGCUCACAGGCGUGAUUUAAAGCGCCAAUUUCGUAAGAUCAAAAACCCGGACGAAGUACCUGCAGCGCUCAGAAAUGAGUAUUUUUCAAUUGGAAAACAAAUCAAGCGUCUUUUGAAACAACAAAAGAUGUACGACGAUCGAUCCCGGAACAAGAGGGACCAGGAUACCUUUCUCAAGGACCCAUAUGCCUUGGAAAGAAAUUGUUUCAACCAACCAACCAUGUCAAACCCACUUUCUCUGACACUACCUGCUUUGAGUACUUCCAACACACAUAUGCAGACCAGGAUCGUGCCACUUCGUACGAAUCCUGCCCCAGUGCAGGGAAGCCCCGGGAUUGCACCCACCCAGUCGAUGAGGGGACCUCUACAUGGACUGAAUUUCAGAAUGUUUUGAAGAAGUGUCGCAACACCUCUGCACCGGGUCCUGACAAGAUACCUUACAUAGUUUGGAAGCUUUGUCCCUCCCUUCAAUCCAUUCUUUUCACCAUCUUUGGGCGGGUUUGGGAGAGCAAGAUCAUUCCAAGGCAGUGGCAGGUAGCGUGUAUCACACUCCUGGCCAAGGGGGAGGUGUCUGAUGAUCCUUCGAAAUUCCGACCGAUUGCUCUAGCAAACACGUCCGGGAAGAUCUUUUUCACCUUAGUUGCAAAGCGCCUCUUGAAACAUAUGCUAGGCAAUAAGUUCUUCGAUGGUGACAACCAGAAAGGAUUUAUGCCUGCAAAGGCUGGGUGCUUAGAGCAUACAUCACUUUGUUAUGAGGCGAUGCGUGAUGCAAAGACGGCAAAACGCCAAAUUUGCAUUGCGUGGAUAGAUUUGAAGAAUGCAUUUGGUUCAGUGCGCCACAAUCUGAUACAGUAUGCUCUAACCCACUACAGCCUUCCUUUGCAAUUCAGGAAAUUAAUUUUUUCCUACUACGACAGUCUUUGCGCUUUCGUCGUACAACCACACACCCCCACCUUUAAUUACAACAUUGGUGUUUUCCAGGGGUGCCCCUUGUCCCCGGUCCUUUUCAAUAUUUGUUUCCAGCUUCUGCUGGACUCACUUGCAGCCCCUGAAUUAAGUUGCCUCUCCUAUGAUUUUAAAUCUGCCCCUUUGCAAGUGUCCCAAACAGCUUUUGCUGAUGACUUAGGCCUCUAUAGCAAAUCUAGUGCAGGUUGUCAAAAACUCAUUGCGGUCACGGAGGACUUUCUCUCGUGGACCCAAUGUAUGCAGGCGGCGCCGCACAAAUGCAAAAGCAGUGCAGCAAAGCUUGUAGAUGGCCGGUACAAACCUUACGAUCCCUGCCUGACGAUGUCAGGGAGGAAGAUCGCUUUCAUUGAUACUGCAGAGUUCAAGUUCCUGGGGCGAAGGCUGCAUGCUGAUUGCUCUGAGCAGACCCAGCGGGAAGACAUCCGUCAACUCACUGUAUCUCUCAUGCAAAAAGUAGAUGGCUCUUGGCUUCAAGACCACCACAAGCUAUGGCUUUACCACCAUCUUGUAGUGCCCAAGCUUUCUUGGUCUUUCCAGGUUCUUGAACUCACACAAGGUUUUGUACGUGAACUGCACUUUAUGUGUUUACCAUUUCUGAAGAAAUAGUCAGGCCUACCUCGAUGCGCAAACUCUGCCAUUCUUUUUAUUGGCAGUCGCAAACGCUUUGGCUUACGCCUCCACUACCUUCCUACGGUGUGGAAAAAGUGCCAGUCCAUCAAAUGGCACAUUCUUCGAUCGAGUGGGGACGCGCGCAUGAGGGCGCUGUACACUCUGCGUCGGAGUAAGGAUGCGAAGCUGACAAAGCGAUAUGCGGCGACAAUAGAGCUGGAGUGUGCAGAGGCAUCAGUAGGUUCAGGGACUCUCCGUCCACCGUCAUCUUCAAGUCAUCGUGCAGGGUUGGGUGCUCGUGCUCCGAAGCAGCAUUCCAAACCCCCGAGGAAGGAUCUCCUUCAAACAUUUGAGGAGAUCAACGCGCAGGAGCAGAUUUUGAGGCUGAAGACUCUUCAGGUGCAAGGCAAGUGGUUGGAGUGGACAUCGGUGAUGUGGCAGGACCUCUCGUGGAAAUCCCUUUUGUACGGUGGUACUGGUAAGGAUUUGAAAUUUCUUCUCGCAUCAACCCUCGACGUGCUACCUUCUCCGACGAACCUACGUCGUUGGGGAAACACCGUAGUGGAUCCGUACUGUAGUUUGUGCCGUACCUGGGCCUGUACUACGCGCCACGUGCUUGGCGCUUGUCGCGUAGCGCUGGACCAGGGACGUUACACCUGGAGGCACGACAACGUACUCGGGGUCAUCGUCAGGAACAUACGUGAGGAGAUUCGAAUCCGCACUGCUGCAAACACCGUACAAACCGAAAAUUCAAAUGAGCUUGACUUCAUCUCGUUUUGCAAGGCGGGAGAGAAGCCAGUUCGCGUUCAGCCCAGACGAAAGUUGGUUACGACUGAUCUCCUGUCAGCGGCCUCAGACUGGAAACUUCUUGUCGACUCAGUUAGUGCAAAGAUUUCUUUCCCUAGCUGUGUUGCACUUACCACCCUAAGACCAGAUAUAGUUCUGUACUCUACGAGUCGUAGGAUUGUGUUCUGGAUGGAGUUGACAGUUUGUGCUGAGGACAGAUUCAGUGUCAGUAACUCGCGGAAGGACAGGCGGUAUGCGGAUCUGGCCGAUCAAUGCCGAGCAAACGGGUGGCAGGUCGUUUCUUUUUCGGUUGAGUAAGACGUCUCUGCGAAGCAGCUACAUCAUCUGGUUGCGGCGUCAACAAAAACACUGGUCGGAAGAUCCACUUUUCUGAGGUACUGUAUGUGGGGCUCCGUUUAUUGAGGUGCGUUGAAAUUUAUUCUCUUUAUCUUAUUAUUUCUUUUCUAUAAUUUCCCCAUAUGAGUUCCUAUCAGUUGCUGUGAACACCUUGAGUGGAGAGCGCUUGCUCGAGCGUUGAACCGGGUUCUUAAUCCACCAUACCCAGUUCGCAAGGCUGGGCGGGGUUGUGAGCAGGCUUUCAUUUCAUCUUUUCUUAUUAUUUCUUAUUAUUUCUGCUUUUCAUCUCAUUACAAAAAUUCUGCGCUUUUUCUCCAUCUGCGCAUAAAAUCUAGACUGAUAACCUGCUUGUUAAAUCAUGCACCUGCUUUCAGGCGUAAAAACCCUGUUGUAGAGGUCUCAGUCCUCAUUUGUUAGACUUACCUGUCUUUAUAAAUGUAACUUACUCUCUCUCUCUCUCUCUGUCUCUCUCUGUCUCUCUGUCUCUCUCUGUCUCUCUGUCUCUCUCUCUCUCUGUCUGUCUCUCUCUCUCUCUCUCUCUCUCUCUCUCUCUCUCUCUCUCUCUCUCUCUCUCUCUCUCUCUCUCUCUCUCUCUCUCUCUCUCUCUCUCUGUCUCUCUCUGUCUCUCUCUGUCUCUCUCUCUCUCUCUCUCUCUCUCUCUCUCUCUCUCUCUCUCUCUCUCUCUCUCUCUCUCUCUCUCUCUCUCUCUCUCUCUC